AGCAUACACAUAUUAUUGUUUUUUUCCAAAUGGCUCCACAGUAUAAAUUAACCUACUUUGACGUUCCAGGCAUGGCUGAAACAUGUCGCUACCUUUUCAGUUAUGGCGGAAUAGAAUUUGAAGACGUUAGAAUCAAACAAGAAAACUGGCCUCAGGUGAAAGACAAGAUGCCAUUUGGCACUGUUCCAACUCUGGAACACAACGGAAAAGUGGUGGAUCAAAGUCUUGCCAUCGCUCGGUACUUGGCCAAAAAAGUCAAACUUGUAGGAGACAAUGAAUGGGAGAACUUGGAAAUUGAUGCAACUGUAGAUACAAUCAACGAUAUAAGACAGAAAAUAAUCGCCGUAUUUCUGGAAAAAGACGACGCAAAGAAAAAAGCUCUUAUUGAAGCAGUCAAAAAAGACACGUUUGGCUUUUAUUUGCCGCGUCUGGAAGCCGAAGUCCAAAAAAAUAAGGGUUAUUUAGUAUUGGGAAGGCUAACUUGGGCUGAUUUCUAUUUUACUACGCUUUCUCGGGUAUUCGAUGUGGUUUCUGGAGAAGAUGUGUUAGCUAGUUAUCCAAAUCUGAAAGGAGUGCGAGAAAAAGUAAAUGCGCUACCGUCUAUUAAAAAAUGGAACGAAAUUCGACCAAAAACUAUUUUUGAAAUGGCUCCACAGUAUAAAUUAACUUACUUUGAUAUUCGAGGUCUAGCUGAAACGAUUCGUUACCUUUUCAAAUAUGGUGAAAUAGAAUUUGAAGACGUUAGAAUCAAGCACGAAAACUGGCCUCCACUUAAAGACAGCACACCAUUCGGCGUUCUCCCCAUUCUGGAACACAAUGGAAAAGUAGUAGGUCAAAGUAUUGCCAUCGCUCGAUAUUUGGGCAGAAAAGUCAAACUUGCAGGAGAAAAUGAGUGGGAGAAUUUGGAAAUUGAUGCAGUUGUUGAUACACUCAACGACAUGAAAUCAAAAUUAUCGGCAAUAUUUGCGGAAAAAGACGAAGCAAAGAAGAAAGUUCUUAUUGAAGCAGUAAAGAAAGACACUUUUAGUUUCUAUUUACCGCGUCUGGAGGCGAUAGUUAAAAAAAAUAAGGGUUAUUUCGCACUGGGUCGGUUGACGUGGGCUGACUUCUACUUUGCUACGGUUUCUCCGGCGUAUGAUCUAGUCACUGGAGAAGAUAUUUUAGCUAGUUACCCGAAUCUGAAAUCAGUCAGAGAAAAAGUAAAUGCUUUGCCGGCUAUCAAAAAAUGGAUUGAAGUUCGACCCAAGACUGAUUUUUGAAAAUAUUUGCACAUUACGGUUUAAUAAAGACAAGGCAAUAGCUACUUUAAUAGUAACUGAAAUGUUAGUACCUAUGUUGCACAAUAAUAAAAUAAAAAUUUUGCUAAUUGGUAAACAACUAACAAAUACACAAUA